AUGCCGUUUGGCCUCAAGAACGCGGGAGCCACCUAUACCAGGAUGGUAGCUCGACUGAUCAAAGAUCUGAUUGGAAAGUCCAUGGAGGCCUACGUCGAUGACAUGUUAGUCAAGAGCAGAGAGGAGACGGAUCAUGCCAAAGACCUGGCGGAUUGUUUCAGUGUCAUGAGAAAAUACAACCUGCGGUUAAAUUCUAAAAAGUGCGCGUUCGCGGUCAGAGGGGGAAAGUUCUUAGGGUACAUGGUCACCUGGCGAGGAUUCGACCCUAAUCCAGAGAAGGAGGAGGUUUUGGUUUGCGUUGGCAAUACACACGAAGCCUUCAAGGUCACGGAGGAUCCGCCGAGGCAAUUUCCGCCGGCGUUGAAGGAUUGCGGCAGGAUUGUUGCGAAUCAGGAAGGGGCCAAGUGGGAAAUUGAGGAGAUGCCAUCGGGGAGGGUUAUGGGAGAUAUGUUGAUUCUUCCCGACGGGAAUGUCCUCAUAAUUAAUGGCGCGCAAAAGGGGACCUCUGCUUGGGACGCGGCGGAGGAACCAAAUUUCACUCCGGUGCUUUACAGCCCGGAUAAACCGAAAGGGGAAAGGUUUACUGAGUUGACACCAACAAAAAUUGCCAGAAUGUACCAUUCCACUUCUGCGGUUUUGCCCGACGCUAAGAUCUUAGUAGCGGGAAGUAACACCCACGUUUCCUACGAUAUGAAAGCCAAAUACCCAACCGACAUGCGCGUCGAGAAAUUCUCGCCGCCGUACUUAGCCCCCGCAUUGCAAAAGUUCCGGCCGCAGAUUGUGGAGAACCUUUCCCAAAAGGAAUUGGUUUAUGGAAAGAAUUUCAAUAUCCAUUUCAAGCUAGAUGAUGCUGCGGACAUGUCUAGUAUUAAGGUUACCAUGUAUCCGCCGCCUUUCACCACUCACGGGUACUCUGAGGGCCAAAGGAUGCUGAUUUUGGGACUCACCUCUGUGGCCAAGGACACCAUCUCUGCCGUGGCGCCAUCCUCUGGCAAGCUUGCACCACGAGGCUAUUACUUGAUCUUUGUUGUGCACCGUGGCGUACCCAACAAGGGAUUGUGGGUGCAUAUUAAAUAG